AUGUCUAGUAGCAAAUGGUUUAACGCUGUGCACCUACUGGUGUGCCCAGUGACGGUGCUGCUAGGAUACCUUAUAAACGCGUAUGGCUACGGCACGGCGCUACAGGCGACGCUGAACAAGGACGGCCUGGUAAACGCUGUGUUCGUGAAGAAGGGGUGGUUCUGGACUUCGCUCGUCGGAUGGUGGUGCAUCAUACGCUACCGUGCGGUGCCAGGGGCCACCGGCCGGGGCCGAAGACGCAUUGCGCAGUCACUCAAGAGGUAUACCAUACUCACGGUGUGGUGGUACGUGUUUACACAGGGCAUAUGGUUCGGCGUGGGCCCCAUCAUGGACCUGGUCUUUGUAUAUACGGGCGGUCAUUGCCACUACGACGUCUUUGACAAUGCGGGUCACGUGAACCAGGACUUCCAGGGCUCGGUGACCCGGACCCAGCGCGCGCUGGCGCUCAUCCACAACGUGCUCACGCUGCACGGCGACGACCAGGACCACCAUGAAAAGAAACUAUGGAGCCGCUCGGUGGGUUCGAUCCAGGAUGUGUUGCAGACGGCAGAGUCCGCGAACGUGACCGCCAGCGCUGCCGCUGGCAUCAAUAGCUUUAUCCACGACCAGAUGCAUCGGUGGCAGGGCCCGCUCACAACCUCAGCGCAGUGUCGGCGUUUCGGAGGCCACUGGGCGGGUGGCCAUGAUCCGUCCGGGCACGUGUUUCUGACGACCUUGAUGUGCAUGUUCCUGCUGGGGGAACUGCGGGUGUUUGGGCGUCGCGCGCUGGCGCACUUGUACGCGCAGAAGUGGCACCUGCUGGGGAUGGUGACCCGGCUCUUCGACACCGGACCGCUGUGGACAUGGCGCCGGUGUGGUGGCGCCCGCCCGAUGAGCUGUGGCGCCCGCCUGUGGCGGGCGCUGGUGGAGCCGCCGGUCGCGUGCGCGGCCGCGCUGCUGCGCUUGACGCGGUGUAUCGCGUGCGAUCACCCCGUCGUAGUGCUGCUGGCACUCCUGGUCACGUGGUUGUGGCAGCUGCUGCUGACCGCGGUGGCGUCGCAUUUCCACACCGUACGCGAGCACAUAUCCGGGCUACUGGCCGCGUACUUAGUGACAGGAGUCGUCUAUGCUCGCGAUGCAGCCGCGCUACGUUUAGUAUGA